AUGUCCAACGGUAACUCAGCAGUCAAGAAGCUUGAGAAGCAGGCAUUUCCCGCUCCUGCUUCUGUUGCACAACGUCGGCAUUCGGCCAUGGUCGGUUCUACAGCAGAGCAGAAUAAUGGCCGUAAGUAUUUAUAUUAUUAUAAAUUUUUCCGGAAAUUUUCUAUCAUGCAUGUCCCGUCUUUCCGAGGAAAGAAAUGGGUAUGAGC